GUUUGUGGGCCCCACCUGGUCAUAUAAAUUCUAAAAUCCUCCGUUAAAUCGCCCAUAAUUUUCUCUUCCUUGUCGAAAUCACCGCGCGUCGUCGCCAUUUCAGCUCGUCUCCUCCGUCUUCCGACCUCAGGGAUUUUAAGUUGUUCGGAUUAAUUCAUGGCGUCGAAGCGCAUUUUGAAGGAGCUCAAGGAUCUGCAGAAGGACCCUCCCACAUCAUGCAGCGCUGGUCCUGUGGCGGAAGAUAUGUUCCAAUGGCAGGCAACUAUUAUGGGACCAUCUGAUAGCCCAUAUACUGGAGGUGUUUUUCUGGUGUCAAUUCAUUUCCCACCUGAUUACCCUUUUAAGCCACCUAAGGUUGCAUUUAGAACUAAGGUCUUUCACCCAAACAUCAAUAGCAACGGAAGUAUCUGCCUAGAUAUUCUCAAAGAGCAGUGGAGUCCAGCACUCACCAUAUCCAAGGUUCUGUUGUCCAUCUGCUCUCUUUUGACGGAUCCUAACCCUGAUGAUCCACUUGUCCCCGAAAUUGCACACAUGUACAAGACUGAUAGGGCCAAAUAUGAGGCCACUGCUCGUAGCUGGACACAGAAGUAUGCUAUGGGUUAAUAAGGCAAAGGCUGGUCUGGAAUGCUCGAAAUUCUGUUAACUCCAGUAUUGCAAUAAGUUGGUAAUGAACUAAGUCUAUUUUGUUCUCCUCAUUUGAGGCAACAAUUUUCAUGAAUCUUUUUUUUGUGAAUAUCAUGGGUUUGGACUGGUGAAGGGGGGUGGAGAAGUUUAAUGUGAUGUUAACAUUGAUUUAAGUGGGGUUGUGUUUUUCUUGGUUCAGACAUCUGUAGGUGUUGUUGCAUUAUUGGAUAUUUGCUUGUGACAUUUCUAGUGCCUAAGAAAUGAAACAAAAUGUUCUUAUUAUUGCA